GCCCCGCCUUGAGCAAAGGGCGCUGAGUCUAGACAGUUUGGUCGGAUGGUCCGAGUCUUUCCCCCCACCCAGACUCCACUCUGGUGCAAGCGACAUGUCCGAUAAGGAGAGGGACGUUUUUUCCAGAGCGCGGGGCAGAACGCUGGACGCUUUCUCUGAAGAAAACCUAUGACUAGCUCAACAGUAAUGUCUACAAGUUUUUUUUCAGUACCCUUAGGUAUACUUCAUCUGGUCCUAAUAACUUGAACUCCUAAGGGUCAGAAAAAGAGCUUCAGUGGAAAUCCCCUUUCUACUUCAUCCAAGGAGCAGAUCCACAAUUUGGACUGAUGAAAGCCUGGGCACUUGGUGAUUGUGAGAAUUGUGGUGAUGAAUGGGAAGAGGAGAUCAGAUUAACAGAACAAGCUGUGCAAGCUAUUAACAAGCUCAACCCCAAGCCUAAAUUCUUUGUUCUAUGUGGUGACCUCAUACAUGCCAUGCCCGGAACUCCCUGGAGAGAAAAUCAAACAAAGGAUUUAAAGAAAAUUCUUAAGAACAUCAACAAAGAAAUCCCAUUGGUAUUUGUCAGUGGAAAUCAUGACAUUGGUAAUGUUCCUACAUCAGAAGCUAUAGAUGAAUAUUGCCAGACUUGGGGAGAUGACUAUUUCAGCUUCUGGGUUGGAGGAGUACUGUUUCUUGUCUUGAACUCACAAUUAUAUGUUGAUUCCUCUAAGUGCCCCAACUUAAAGCAGGCCCAAGAUGAAUGGCUUGACACCCAACUAACCAUAGCAAAACAGAGGAUGUGCAAGCAUGCCAUCAUAUUCCAGCACAUCCCUCUUUUCCUCAAAGAAGCUGAUGAAGAAGACGAUUACUUCAACAUAAGUAAGCCAAUACGUCAAGAAUUAGUGGACAAGUUCACCAAUGCAGGCAUUAAGGCUGUUUUCUCUGGACACUACCAUAGGAAUGCUGGUGGAUCCUGCAAUGACCUUGACAUGGUGGUGUCAUCUGCGAUAGGCUGCCAAUUAGGUGAAGAUACCCACGGACUCCGUGUUGUGGUGGUCACAGCUGAGAAAAUUGUUCAUCGCUACUACAGCUUAGAUAAACUCAGUAAUGAAGGAAUAGAGAAAGAUCUGAUGGAUAUGAUUAAACAAGAGUAGUAAUUUUUCUUUAAGUGCCACUCAUUAUUCACUUCUAUCAUUUUGAUUUUUCAUUGAGCAGCAUUUCCAAGGAAUGCUUCACUAAAACACAAUUGCGAAGUCUUGAAGAUUUGUGAUUUGGGGAUAUGUAUGCAUAAAAGUUAGCUUCAUUCUCUCUUAAAUAAGAAAAUGGAAAACUUUCCCUCCCUUAUGGAAGGGAGUUCAAUGAAUGGUCAUUAUGAUUAGAAUCUUUCUUGUUUGCUGUUUGAAGAAACUAUUGUGAGGAUUGUUUAAUUCUUUUUAUGGUAGCAUAUUGUCAAUAAUUUCCCUUUUUCUCCUUACUUCCAAUCAGAUCCAGGUCUUAAUUCUUGAGAACACCCCAGUCAAACUAUAGUUGUGACUCUCAAGAUGUCAACUAUAAUAAAGAAGCAUUUUGUUCUUUUA